CUCGAAAAUCAUUAUUACAUUUUCUAAAGCUUUCUUCAACUAUUAAGUUGUAAAAAAUACGUGAGUAGAUCAACCACCGGUGAUCACUGAUGGAAUCAGCAAUGCAGCCGGCCGGAGAGUGGGCGGUAGAGGAGGAGGUGGCGGUGGUUCAGCGCAAUGGCGGCGGAGGAGAGACUAAAAAAGAAGAGAUGCUGCUGCAUUACGACGGCGAUGUCUUCAAGGUGGAGGUGGAGGAUGGUUAUUCCGAGAAGGUGGUGGAAGCGGAAGAAGCAGAAGAAGACGAAGAAGAUUCGUUGAAACGCAAACCACCUUCCACCGCCGUCAACCGAACUACGGUUUCCGACAAGGAAGAGAUGCUGGAUCGUCAUCAUGAUGUAACCAGCCGUACUACGAGUGAUGAUAAUGAGACUAAUGAUACAAUAACCAAUGGGUCUACUUCAUCGGUUUCUUCUGGAACUUCCGAUGCCGGCGAUGAUCAGGUGGAGGUGGAAGCAGCCACCGGGGAAGGUGAUAUCAUCAAGCCGGAGGAAAACAGAGUUUACUUCCAAACACAUGCAGGUACUGUGGUUGAACAAUCUCAAAUUAAUGUUAAAGGAAACACUGAGGAUUGGGCUGCAAGACUGAGGGAAAUGGACAUUGAAGUACUUAUGAAUGCUGCCCUGCGAGGUACACCAAUUGAGAACAAAAAGAUUGAAUACUAUGAAGGCAAAACUUCCGAAGAAAUCAAAAGAAAGAAAAGGGAUGCUACUGUGAUCUAUGAAAUGGAUGAAAGUGAUGAGGAAGUUGUGGAAUUGGAAUUCGAAACGGCAGUAAAGAAGAUGCACAGUCACGAUGGCUAUGGAAUGUACUGUCCUAAUUGUAGCAGUCAAAUCACUAAGGUUGUUCUUCGUCGAAAGAUAAAGCAGAGGAAGGUUUUAGUUGCAUCAGAUAAUAAUGAACGUAAGGAAUUAUUGGGAUGUUUGUCCUGCUUCAGAGUUUUCAUCCCUUCAGGCAAUAGAUUGAAUCCAUUUAGAAUAUUUGGAGCUGGAAGAGACCAUGGUGAAAGUAGCAAUAUUCGGAUUGAGGAACAGCUUCCAGUAUCAGAUGUUGUCAUUCCUGCAGCUACACCAGAAGUGCCUGUGCCCACACUGGAUUCUGCACAGAUCACUGAGAGGGGAUUUGAUCUGUUUUGGUUCCUCAAGAAUAGAAGAACCAAUGAACAACAUGCUCUAACUUCUCCACUGCUUUCAACUAACUCUUUGGACACUGCAGUUACUUCUAAACCAACUAGUGAUGAAGGUUUUGAUCAAAAAGCUCAAAGCACCCGUGACGAAAGCAAUGAUCAGUUGUGCCGAGAGCAGCCAACAACAGAUGUGACCGUACUAGCUCUUGAUAAUGUACCGCAAAAACAAGGGAAGGGAUUUGAUCUGUUCUGGUUUUCAAGAAAGAGAAGCGAGGAUGAACAUGAUUUAACUUCCCCACUACUUCAGACUGCUUCUCAGCCAGGAAAUGAAGCUACUGAGAAGGGCACAACACAUGAAGAAAACGUUGAUCAGCCUCGUCAAGAGCAGCCAAUAUCAGAUGUGACCAUUCCUACUAAUGAUUCCUCACAAGUAGCAGAAAAAGGAUUUGAUCUAUUUUGGUUCUUGAGAAAGAGAAGAGAAGAUGAAAAUUCUACAACUUCGCCAUUGCUUGUGCCGGCGCAAAUACAAUCUUCCCCCACCGCAUUUAUCAGAACAGAUGUAAUACAACCUUCUACAACUGUAACUACUCCAAAGCAAAGAGAUGAGAUCAUUGAGCAAGGAAAAGUUCCUCAAACUUCUACACCUCAAGGAUCACCAUUGGAUGGAAAUGUGAUCAUUGAUAUACAUAGAAAACAAGAAGUACUUAUUUCUGGGACAAAACCAGUUCCGCAACCAAAGCUCCAAACUGAUGGAGGUUAUCAUUCUGAUGGAGCUGAUGUUCGGAUUUCAGUUGUGGAAAGCACUAUCGAAACUGGUAUCCAAGAAUCGACAUUUGUCUCAAUCGGUGAUACUAUUUCCGAAAUUGUUGUCACUGAACCAAGAACUCCCUCUGGAUCAUUUGAUGUACUGAAAAGUAUUGUCUAUGGAGGUUUGAUGGAGUCGAUUACGAGCUUGCUUGUCAUUUCCUUAGCAGCAGCUUUGAAUGCUACCACAAAGAAUGUCAUGGCUAUGGGAUUCGCAUAUCUAGUUGGUGGUUUCAUCCUUCUGAUCCAUAAUGUAAGUGUUGUGAACUUGUGAUGCCUAAGACGCGUAAAAGAUUAGUUAUUUUACUGAAUGAAUUCAAUAUUUCCAUCAUUUAUCCUACAGAGAAAUAUUAGUACUAUUAUGCUAAGAAGUAAUGUAUGGCAUGAUUGCUGAAGUGAUUGUUCUUUUGGUGAUCACAGCUAAGAGUAUUGAGAUAUGGAGACUCUAGUCAAACAAGUGAGCAGAGGUACCAAGCACAGCUAGGGAGGAAAGAACUUUUCCCUCUGCACACAACGGUAGCUGUGGCGUCAUACAUCAUUUUCGGGCUAAUUCCACCCGUGACCUAUGGCUUCAGUUUCCGCACAACUGAUGAUAAGGAAUUCAAGCUGUUGGCAGUUGCAGGAGCUUCUUUCCUGUGCAUUGUUACUCUCUCAAUUGCCCAGACAUACGUGCGUGGGGAGCGCAGGUUCAUGUCUUACUUCAAAACCGUGUUCUACUAUGUUGUUCUCGCAGCCAUUGCCUCUGGAGCUGCAUUUACCACUGGCUACUUUGUUAAGGACCCUUUCCCUUGUCCCGCUGCUCUUUCGGCUUAACAAGAUAUGGAAUCACAUGUUUAUUGUACAAAAGUGCAGUUACAUAUUUGUAUCAUUUCUUCCACAUAUUGGUUCUUGAGUUAGUGCUAGCUUCCGCAAUAAUACUCCUUUAUCCUAGAAGAUAUAAGUCCUUCAUUUUUGCCUAUACGUAUAAAGUUCCUCGAGGAUUUAAAACCUUGUACCACUUUCAAGUUUAAGCUUCAUAGGUUAAUGCUGCACAAAUGUGAUCCCUGUUGAAUAAGAGAACUUGUCUCAUUUUCAUUGUGCAAAACAGGC